AUGGUAGCAGCAGUUUCGAUAUCAGCACCAGAGACGAAUACUAAUGAUUCGUCUCGAAACAUCAGUCAAACGCACCAUCUGGCGGUGAAAGCCGCGAAAACGAACAAAGGGAAAAGAGCCAUCGAGAAAAACGCCCCGAGACGGAAAGAAGUGGCGGCGAAGACGUUGAUGCUUUUACACGGCGCGGUCACGUCGGAGGUUCUGAAAUCCUUAAUAAACGACCUGUCGCAAAUGAAAUACGGAGAAAAUCACAAGAUGAACAGGAAGAAUCCCGGGAUUCGACCGUUUGAAGGAGGCGGGGAAGUCUCUUUGGAGUUUUUCGCGGAGAAGAGUCACUCGGCGACGUUCGCGUUUGCCAAUCACCAAAAGAAGAAACGACCGCACGCGAUUACGUUUGGACGAUUUUAUAACCACAAGAUUUACGAUUGCGUGGAGAUGAUGGUGAACGGAGAGACGUUCGUACCGAUUAUUAAGUUUGGUAACGCCGCGGCUUCCACGACGAUUGGCUCGAAACCGUGCAUGAUGUUCCUGGGCGAUAAGUUUGAAACCGACGCGAAUUUGAGACAGUUGAAGAACGUGUUCGCGGACGUGUUUCGAGGACGAGUCGUUUCGAGAAUAAACUUGAAAGGUAUCGAUCGAGCGAUUGUCAUCACGGCUUUAGAAGACGGGAAAACCAUUUUGUUUCGACAGUUUGCCAUCAAGUAUAAAAAAAGUGGAACGCGGUUACCGAAAGUACACUUGGAAGAGAUGGGACCGCGAUUCGACGCGACUCUAGGGAGAGUGAAACUCCCACCGCCAGACGUGGAAAGAGAAGCCAUGCGCGUGGAUAAGACGUUAGUGAAGGAAGAAAAAGCGAACGCGUUGAGUCAAGGUAUCAGCGAUAAGGUUGGUAAGAUUUACGUGCAUAAACAAACCGAAGGCUUGGACGAAAUCAACCGAAGGAAAAGUUUAAAAGGCGGCUUGAAGAAGAAGGAGAAGUAG